AUGGCUCCGCGCUGGCCACACACUAUUUCUACCUGGCGGCCAAAGAAGCCAAAGACACAAUUCAGAGACGUAACUCUUGUAGGUAUCGACAUUGACGAGCUUAAAGAGCAACACGGUCUGCCGGUACAAUUCCACAUUGGUAUCUCUAUCCUACACACCAAGGAUCUGCAUAGUCUCUGCCACACUUCUUUACCAUGGACAGAAUCGCAAGCAAAAGUUAUACGAUCAUAUCACUGGGUUACUCAAGAUCCCACUUAUUUUUGCACAAAAGAUAAUCGCUUUUGCUUUGGUAAACAUAAAUGCAUUCCGCUCGCCAGCCUAAAGGAGAAUCUGGAGAAGCUUCUUAAGCCACAUCAUCCAGUGAUCCUUAUCGCCCACGGAAUCUCUACGGAAAAAAAACUUCUUCAAGAUCUUAACAUUAAUCUUAAGCCAAUUUUCAUAAUUGAUACAACAAAGGCUGCUCACUAUCCCCUCCAGGAUUCUCGCAAUUAUAGCCUCAAGCUACUCCUACAAGUCUUCGGCAUCCCCGUCACAAGCGGAAUGCUUCACGUCGCUGGUAAUGAUGCGCAUUUUGUGCUUAGGAUUCUACUUAUGAUUGCUGUAAGCGAUGUACGGCGAGAAUCUAAGGAUACCCCAACGUGGGUGCCCGUAUUCGAGGCGAUUGCGCGCGCGCCGUUGCCACAAAUGCCACUGACACUACACGAAAAGGCGGUGAUUGGAAACCGGAAAGCGAAGGGUCUCGAGCGGUUGGCGGAGGACAGAGCUCAAGACCAGGCACGGUGA